AUGAUCACUUUGGCUGAAUACCUUUUGGCAAGACUUCAACAGUUGGGCUGCAAAUCGCUUCACGGCCUCCCUGGUGACUUCAACCUGACGCUGCUGGACUAUGUGGAGAGCAGUGGCUUGAACUGGGUGGGAAAUUGUAAUGAGCUCAACGCCGGCUAUGCUGCUGAUGCGUAUGCAAGAGUUCACGGACUGGGUGCAAUAUGUACGACUUUUGGUGUAGGCGAGCUUUCCGCAGUCAAUGCCACUGCGGGCUCGUACGCCGAACGCGUUCCUGUUGUUCACAUUGUUGGCACUCCUACCAGGACUAGCCAGAGAAAUGGCGCUCUUCUCCAUCACACUCUCGGGAACGGCGACUUCAGAGUCUUCGCACGAAUUCAUAAAGAGAUCACAACUGCUCAGGCCGAUCUUACGGAUCUUGCCACCGCACCUGCCGAAAUCGACCGCGUGCUGCGGACCUGCUAUAUCGACUCCCAACCUGUGUACUUGCAGAUACCGAUGGAUAUGGUCCACGAGCAUGUCGAUGCUACGCUUCUCAACACUGCCAUCGAUGUCUCACCGCACCCGAGCAAUACUGAAGCUGAAGACUUGGCCCUACAAAUCAGACGCAGAAUCCUUCCCGCUGUGCACGCGCUCAUCGUGAAAGCACAACUCCCCGUAUUCACCGCACCAAUGGGCAAAGGCGCAGUAAACGAAGACCUCCCGAACUUUAAUGGCGUCUACGCAGGAGCUGGCUCUCAUCCAGAAGUCGCAGAAGCUUUGGAGAGCAGCGAUCUGAUCAUCACAAUUGGCACCAUCCAGUCCGAUCUGAACACCGUCGGCUUCACCCACCAGUUCUCGAAACUCAAUGAGAUUGAUAUCGAGUAUGAUUGCGUUCAAGUGGGCUACGCGAAGUUCGAGAAAGUCUUCUUCAAGUCUUUCAUUCCUAGAUUUACCCAACUCCUCGACCCAUGCAAGCUCUCACAGGACUCCAAGAUCAUUCCCAAGAUCUCCCCAUCAACACCCAUCGGCACGGAUAGCGAGACCAUCACACACAUAUACCUCUGGUCACAGCUCGCAUCCUUCCUCCGCGAUGGCGACUUCUUCAUCACCGACACCGGCACAUCCUUUAUCGGCGUUUGGGAAACUCGACUGCCGCGCAAUUGCACGAUCAUCAACCAGAUCUUGUGGUCAAGCAUCGGCUACGGCGUAGGCGCAGCUCAAGGCGCAGCGCUAGCAGCUCAAGAACUCGGCAAAGGCCAACGAGUCAUCUGUUUCGAAGGCGACGGAGCUUUCCAACUCACCGCACAAGAACUCUCCACCAUCAUCCGCCACGAUCUCGACGUCACGAUGUUUGUGAUUGAGAACGAUGGCUAUGAGAUUGAGAGAUGGAUCCAUGGAUGGGACGCGAGCUACAACGACAUCCCGCAAUGGCAGUACUCCAAAUUUCCCGAGGUGCUGACUUUGCCUUCUUCGAAACAUAAGUUCAGAACCUGGAAGAUUUCAACGAGGUCUGAACGGGAAGGAUUGCUCAAGGAUCCGAAGUUCGACGAGGGAAAGGGUUUGCAACUUGUUGAGAUGCAUAUGCCUAGAGGUGAUGCGCCGAAGACGCUGAGAGACAUUGCCGAGAGGAGGAAUGGAGUUCCUGCGUCUAAGGCUUUCACCGUGGUAGAGUGA